CCUUUCCCUCGGUUCUUUUAUUCUGCAUCUGAGCUGCCCGAGCGGCAACUCAUCUGGUGAUUUGGCCUUUCCCACAAGCGUGCUCGGGUACCAGUGGCGAGCCACUCGCGCAGCAUCGCCCGAAACAAAGCAAGCUACUAUAUUAUAACCAAGUUUCUCUAAUUUCUCUUUUAUUUUUUCUCUCAUCGACUCUCGUUUUAUUUAUUGUCAGCACUCGCGUAUACACCAAUAUCGCAAGGCAGCCUUGAAGAAAAAACAUGGAUCUUGCAGGCAAUCCAAGUACAAGCGGCGCGGGCGCGGACACUGCUAGCGUUGAAAAAACGCUUGAGAAGUACAGACAGCGGCGCAGACAGCUCGAGAUGGAGGACGAGGCUGCGCGCCAGGCACACGCAAUGGCUGUUCUGGCUGAGGACGCGGCAGUUGUCUUGGGCGCUGUUGAAAACAACCACAGCAGCAGUGGUCAGACACAACAGCAGCAGCAGCAGCAGCACCAGCACCAGCACCAGCAUAAUCAGUCCCUGGCAUCGGCCCCGGUGUAUGUGUCCGCCAGGCAGCGGCGCAUGGAAAGACUUGAGCGAAUCCAGCAGACAGUGCAUGGCGCCAGCGGGGCGACCCAAGGACAGCGCGAUGGCCACAGCAGUGCCGCCGACUCUGAUUCAGACAUGGAGGAAUCCGCAGAGCCGGCCAAUGACAACGAGGCGGAAAGCACAAAAAGCACGCACAGCGUGUUCCCCGACAGAUCAAAGAACCUGUCUCUGGUCGACCAGAUUGCCAGCCUGCGCAAGAACCACCAACUGGCAGAGCGUUCCGCCGAAGAACGUUUGCGCGACGAGGAAACCGCGCUGCUCGCGGCAAUCUCCCGGCGGCGCCAGCUUGCGUCAGCGGCAGAGCUCGCACAGGGCGUUGUCUACACGCAGCCGAUGCGCACAUCGUGGCGGCCACUGCCGCGGCACCGCGCGAUGCCACCAGAGGAGAUCACUGCGCGGCGCCAUAUGUGGGGCAUCGCCAUUGACGGCGAGGACGUGCCGCCGCCUGUGCUCACCUUCCGCUCGAUGCGGCUGCCCGAGCCGUUGCUUGCGUAUCUGGGCGCGCGCGGGAUCUCCACGCCAUCGCCGAUCCAGAUGCAGGGGCUGCCUGUGGCGCUGGCCGGCCGCGACAUGAUCGGGAUUGCAAGCACAGGAACGGGAAAGACGCUGGCGUUUUCGCUGCCGCUGGUCAUGCGCGCGCUGGAGGCCGAGCGCCGGCUGCCAUUGAUGCAGGGCGAAGGCCCCGUUGGUCUGAUCGUGUGCCCGUCGCGCGAGCUCGCACGCCAGACGUACGAGGGCCUGGUGGCGAUGUCCGCGGCGCUGGCGGAGUCGGCGGAGUUUAGGGGCGUGGAGCUGCGGUCGGUGCUGGCUAUCGGCGGCAUAUCGAUGCAGGACCAGGCGCAUACGCUGUCUCGCGGCAUCCACAUGCUGGUGGCCACACCAGGUCGGCUCAAGGACAUGCUGGCGCGACGCACGGUCAACCUCGACCUGUGCACGUACCUGUGCAUGGACGAGGCCGACCGCAUGAUCGACGUCGGGUUCGAAGAGGACGUGCGCACGAUCAUGUCGCAUUUCUCGCAGCAACGGCAGACCGUGCUUUUCUCGGCGACAAUGCCCAAGAAGAUCCAAGACUUUGCGCGCGCCUCGCUCAUCAAGCCUGUGGUUGUCAAUGUUAGCCGCGCAGGAGCGGCAAAUAUGGACAUUAUACAGGAGGUCGAGAUUGUGCGGUCCGAGCUGCGCAUUGCAUACCUCCUCGAGUGCCUGCAGAAGACGCCGCCGCCGGUGGUUGUUUUUGCUGAGAACAAGGCCGAUGUCGACGACAUCCUCGAGUACCUACUGCUCAAGCACGUCGAGGCAGUGGCUAUCCACGGCAGCAAAGACCAGGAGGAGCGCGAGUACGCGAUGCGCGCCUUCCGCGACCACAAAAAAGACGUCCUCGUUGCCACGGAUGUCGCGUCCAAGGGCUUGGAUUUCCCCGAAAUCAAACAUGUCAUUAAUUUCGAUCUGCCGCGCGAAAUCGAAAACUACACGCAUCGGAUUGGCCGCACGGGCCGCGCAGGCAAGACUGGCGUUGCCACGACCUUUGUUAACUUGACGACGAACUCGGAGCACCUGUUGCUUGAUCUCAAGCAUAUUCUGCUGGAGGCCCGGCAGCGCGUGCCGCCUGCUUUGCUUGCCAUCCCUGACCCGACUGAUAAGUACCGCCGGGCUGAUGGCACGCUCGACACGUCGGUCGGCUGCCCGUACUGCGGAGGCCUUGGCCAUCGGGUGCUCGACUGCCCCAAGCUUGCCCAGGAGCAGCGCACUCAGCAGGCCGCUCAGCGGCGCGAAGAGGGCGAUGGUUAUUGAGAAU